CAGAAGCAUAAUUUACUCGAACAAAAUAUUUAUACAGAGGCGGACCGAAAUCACUCACAACAAGCCCAUUCACGAAACCGAGUGGAAACGACCCGCGAAAAUAAAAGUCUGAGCUGACUUUAUAUCAAACUAAGUAUUUCUAAGGAAAGAGGCUGGUUACUCCAAACAUCUGUGCAAAGAAGAUUUGUUUAACAGGAUGAUGCACUUUCUGGCUAUUUUAAACUGUGUGGUACUUAUUUCAUUGUGCGAAAUACUAGGAAAACAUCGAGCGAACGCUGGCAUGUGCUGGUUGCAGCAGGGACCAGAGCACCACUGUGAUAUGGUGCUCAUGAGGGGCGUGAGCAGGGAGGAGUGCUGUGCAGCUGGCCGUCUGGACACUGCCUGGUCCAAUACCAGUCUGCCCAUCAAUGAAGUCAGCCUGCUGGGAUUCCUGGGAAUAGUUUCCUGCAAGCCGUGCAAAGACAACUGUGAAGGGGUCAACUGCAGCCCUGGAAAGGUGUGCAGGAUGAAGGCAGGACGUCCGCAGUGCGUAUGCUCUCCAGACUGUUCCAACAUCUCCACUAAACAUGGCGUGUGUGGGAGUGAUGGGAACUCGUACAAAGAUGAGUGUGCGCUCUUGAUGGCUCGCUGCAGAGGUCACCCUGACCUGGAGAUUAUGUAUCAGGGAGAAUGCAAAAAGUCUUGCUCCAAUGUCGUAUGCCCUGGUACACACACCUGUGUGACGGACCAGACCAACAGCGCCCACUGUGUUAUGUGCCGAACCGCACCAUGCCCAAUGCCCAUGGUCACUGAGCAAACCAUCUGCGGCAAUGAUAACAUCACUUACCUUAGUGCCUGCCACCUGCGUAGGGCUACCUGCUUUUUGGGUCGCUCCAUAGGAGUCCGCCACUAUGGACACUGCCGAAGUAAUGAAGGCAGUGAGGAAAAUUCACUUUUCUGAGGAUGCCAGCUUUACUCAAAAGAAAUUCUGCUCCAUGAAACCAUGUAGCUGCACGGAUGAAAUUCUUAUGGACAUGGGAGACUAUUUACUCACUGAGAUAGUGUUAUGCGUGUACUGUUUGUGUUCUGAAGGAUUACACAGCCAAAACGGCAACACUUCCAGACCUUGUGCUGCAGUGCAUGCUACAUUGGCGUGAAGACCAAACUGAGCCACCCACCAAGCAAUGAAAUUACCAGUCACAGUCUAAUGGCAGCAGUUUUUACAAGAACACUGAGAAAGUCAAAGAAUGUAUAGUACAUUCCACUGUUUAAUGAUUUUCACAUUGUUGGGCUAUUUUUUUUAUUUAAUUUUAUUUUGUUUCUAUCCCAAGUUUUCGGAUAAAUUGACCUUGUUAUAUAUUGAAUUGGCAAAAAGAAGAAAUUCAAAUUCCCAGUAGUAAAUGGUGUGGUGUUAUGUGAAUAAGUGACAGAUGGUUUCAACAGUUGUAUUUUUGUAAAUGAUCAUUGUGUUUGUUACAAACUGUACUGAAAUGCGUAACCUUUCAUAAGAGAUUUUAACCUGCCUGUAAAUAGAGACCUUUUGCAGUAUUUGAAUGUAUACUGUGAAAUUCAUUUUUAUCAAUGCAUCGUUAUUUUUAUAAUGAUCUACUGACAUUUGAUUUUUAAUUAAAAAACAAAAUUAAUAUUGUGGA